AUGCGUGGAUUAAUACUUUUCUCGGUAAUUACUGCAACAUUCGCUGCUCCACAAUAUAGUUAUCAAUUAGGCGAUCAACAGGGAUUACAUCAAGGACCUGUAAUAUAUAAUAAACAGUAUUAUAUUCAUUCAGCACCAGAUGAUGCAUUAGAGCCAAGUGCAGCAGACCAAUCGUUGUUGGCUAAUAAAAGAAAUUUACGUGUUGUUUUUAUCAAAACACCAGAGAAUCGAGGACUUGAAAAUGCUGCAUUGCAAUUGGCUAAAGCUGCAGGAGAUGACAGAACUGCAAUUUAUGUACUCAACAAACAAACGGAUUUGGCUGAACUUCAGAAUAAAUUAUCACAAAUUACUGAUCAAAAUGCUAACAAACCAGAAGUUCACUUUGUUAAAUAUAGAACGCCAGAAGAAGCCGAACAUGCUCAACAAUAUAUUAAAUCACAAUAUGAUACUUUAGGUGGGCCAUCACAAGUUGUUAAUGAGGGUAUUGCACCAGUUAGAAAUUUUGUUGGUUCACUAGCACCUGCUUCAUCCGUUCCAGCUUAUGAUAAUACUGCUAUUCAAAAUUCAAGAACUCAAAACGAUUAUUUACCACCCCAAUAA